AUGCAUGUUACCAUGGGCCUCUUUUUCCACAUCGAUGAGUGGAUCCUAACAUUCGGGGUCCCGGUCAGCUUCAUCACCACAUCCCUGGACCGCAAGACCCUGCAGCUCAUGGAGUUUCGCGAGGUGGCUAUUCACUACGCCAGGAGCUGGCUGCUCGUGGAUCUGCUGGCCAUUUGGCCCAUGCUCCUCACCUCCGAGCCCCAGUCGCCCGGGUUCAUAGUACAUCGGUUACUGAAGCUGGUGAAGGUGCUGAAGAUGCGGUACUGGAUCCCACGUUUGGAAGACCAGUUUCAGAGCAAGAAAACGUCCUGGGCGAAAAUGUCUGGAGCGAUGCUGCUGCUGGUGCACUCGCUGGGCUGCUGCUGGUUCAUUGUCCGCCACGGCCUUCAGCCCGGCGUGCCUGGCACAGCGGAGGACUACGUGGCCGACGUCUACUUUGUUGUCAUGGCCCUCACCAGCGUGGGCUUUGGCGACAUUAUACCGGUGGGCCCUGGUGCGCGCCUUUACUGCGUCAUGGUGAUGCUUGCCUCCAGCCUCUUCUCCGGGGUGCUUGUCGCCUUUGUGGCGCAGGCCUUGCGGACAGUCUUCGACGACGAGGUGGAGAAAUAUGUCUGGGCCUCAUGCUGGAAGUGA